AUAUAUCAUAAAACACAUAAAUUUUCAAUUUUAGAUACCUUGAGUUAAUCAUAAAAAAUACCUCAUAUUCUUCUUAUAUAAAUAUACUUUCUAGGUCUGGUUUUUCAUUAUUUGGUUAAUUUAUGGUUCUGAGUUUCAUCCACUCUUUAGCUUUAAAACACCAUAUUGUAAAGUCCUUAAAGUUUUUUGUUGCAAAGAUACGAUUUUAACAAAAAACAAAUUUUUGAACAAUUUUUUAUUUUUGCUCGUGGCAAACAAUUGCCACAAUUUUCACAAAAAAAAAAAUUUUACGUAACGGGAAUAUGGUCUCCGGAUGUUAAUCAUAAAUCUUCUAACAUUCGGUAAUCAUAAAAACUUCAUACUUGGUGAUUGUUAGAGCACGUUUUGACCAGUUCGAUCUACAAGUUUUCAAUUGUUAGAGCACGUUUUGAUCCGUUCGAUCUACAACAAGGUCGGUCCGGAUAAGACAAGAAGACAGAUCUCAUUCGACUACGAACGCAGACGCAUCUCUUCCGUGCACUUAAUUUUGGGUAUCUAUAAGCUGUAGGCCGCGUUGUUAUAUAUACUGCGUACUGCACAGAAGUACUGUACAAGAGUUGUCUACAAUUAAGACCUUUCUUACAAUCUCUUUUGCAAACUAGAAUUGACAACAAAUAUGAAAUCCAUUCUGUUUGCAUGUUUAAUUAUUAUGACAUUCUCAAAAGGAAAAUCGCAAUUCUGGCAGGACUUGUCAUUUCUUGAAGACGAAUUUUUAAAUCUUUUAUUCCCUAAGGAUCCUGGUUUAGUGAAAGUACGAAAAAUGGAUCAAAUUGAAAGAAUGACGAUCAAUACAAAAAUAUUGGAUUUCAUUGGCCUGGUAGAACAAUAUAAUUAUUCCGCUGAAGAGCAUAACGUCACAACAGAGGAUGGUUAUAAUUUGAUAAUACAUAGGCUAUCUGGGAGUCCAUUGUUGAAAAACAAAAUAAAAAAAGAAAUUGUAUUUCUUCAACAUGGUAUUUUGUGUACAUCCGAUUGUUGGGUAUUGUGUGGUCCCGAAAAAGAUCUUGCGUUUCUGUUGGCAGAUCAAGGAUAUGAUGUAUGGUUAGGAAACGUAAGGGGAAAUUCUUAUUGUAGAUCACAUGUGAAUCUGACGACAUACGAUCGGAAAUUCUGGCAGUAUAGCUUUCACGAGGUUGGGACAAUAGAUCUGCCGGCUAUGUUCAAUUACAUUUUGAACUAUACAGGGCAGAAAGAUUUAUACUAUAUCGGUCAUUCAAUGGGAACUACUAUAUUAUUCACUCUUCUGUCAACAAAACCAGAAUAUAAUUUAAAAAUAAAAAUGGCAAUUUGUCUGGCUCCAGUUGCUUUUUGGGUGGAAAUAUCACCUAUAUAUAACGAAAUUUUUAACACUUUUCCAAUAGUGAAGGAAAUUAUAAGGAAGCAUGAAAUAUACGAUGUUUUUCCACAAUCUUUAACGACUGUCACAGUAGCAAGAAUGUUAUGUAAUGAUAAUGUGAUAACUCAGAGUAUGUGCAUCACUGGAUUGUCCUUAAUGGUCGGUGAGGAUCUGGCACAACUUAAUACUACAAGCCUGCCAGAUUUUUUUUCUCAUUGUCCAGCCGGUGUUUCGUUGCAAACAUUUGAGCAUUAUUUCCAAAAUGCUCGUACAAAUGAUUUUCGAAACUUUGAUUAUGGAAUAACUGAAAAUUAUAAGCGAUAUAAACAGAAAAUCCCCCCAAGUUAUGAUCUCAAAAAGAUUACUGCUCCCAUCGUUUUAUUUUAUGGAGAAAAUGAUGCAAUUGCUAAAGAACAGAAUGUAAAUGAACUACGCAAACGUUUAUCAAACGUUCUUCUAACUAAAAAAGUUCCAUAUAAAUUCUUCAAUCAUGCAGAUUUUAUGUGGGCAAUCAACGCUAAAACUCUUUUAUAUAAUGAUAUAUUAGAAUUAAUACGAAAAUUUGAUACUGAACCAUUAAAAAUGAAAUGAUCGAUAAAUAUAAAUUAGAAAUCUCGCUGUGU